AUUGAUGAUGCCUUGGCGCCAGCCUAAUCUAACGUAGUUUGAUGGACACUUUUUCACUACACUUGUCGAAAAAUUCAUAAACGUAUUAGAUGGCCUUGAGACUUGUCACUGUGACAUUUUUACAUUAUCCAUUUUUGUCUGCCUGAAUAACGUAAAACCUUCCCAUAUCCGAUUAUACAUGUGCGAUAAUGCAGAAUUUGUCGAAGACGACUUCAAACCGUUGAUGGUGAAGUUUACAAUUAGCCACGUGCUAGAGGGACCCGAGGACGUGGUCACCUACGCAUUAAACUACUUCAAGGCUCUGCAAGAAGCCAGAGAACGCUACCGGAUCUGUCAAGAAGCCGCGACGAUCAGCACAGAGGUAACGGAGGUUCCCGAGGGUGACGAAAUCGAUGGGCCUCAAUUGGAAUUUCGAAGGAACUGUGUCUUCAGUGACGACUACAAUCCCCAAGAGGACUUCGGCGUCGACAAAGUCCUUCACGAGAAGACCGACGAGGAACGCGCCCACAUCGUAAACACCGUUUGUGACACGUUCCCGUUCACGUUGUUGGAUAUGAACCAAAUGAAUUGUGUCGUAGAUGCCAUGCUUCCAAUGGAUGUGAUCGCUGGAGAUGACAUUAUUCGUCAGGGUGACGAUGCCGAUAAGUUCUUCAUCGUCAGAAGAGGUGUCUACUACGUUCACAGCAGCGACCAAGGAAAACCGACAAAGCUACUGGCAGUGUUAGAUCAGGAUGGCUAUUUUGGCGAAAAAGCCUUGUGCCACAGAACAGAGUAUCCCUAUAACGUGAAAGCAAUGACCGAUGGAGAACUGUGGGUCAUCGAACGGUACGUGUAUCGACGGAGGGUCACCAAAGCGGCCUUCUACAAGAGGAAAUUCGACGAAGAACUGAUCAAUUGCAUGCCUUAUUUCAAAGAUCUCUCGGUGAGCAAUCGCAUGUGCUUGGUUGACAAUCUCGUCCACAAGGUCUACGCCCCUGGCGAAACUAUAGUCAAAGUGGGCGAUCCUUCGACCGCUAUCUAUUUUGUAGUGAGAGGAAUUGUCAAAAUUACUAUUAUUAACGAUUGCGGUCUCGAAGUGACCAUCAACGAACUUGAAAAACCCGACUAUUUCGGAGAAGCUGCGUACCUUUGGAAAAAGCCCAGGUCGUUUUCGGCUUAUGCAGACGACAAUACCGAAGUCGAAGUCGCGUACUUGGAAGUGGACGCAUUCGAAAGGACCAUUGGCUCUAUAGCGGACGUUUUGGGCAAAGUGUUUAAGAGUCAUCAGUUGAAAACUAGACCUUCCGAUUCCACUAACGACGAUCAGUCGGUCUGUUUUUAAUACGAAGAUUUAUGAAGAUGUUUGUUAAGAUUUUUAUAUUUUUUCGCUAUUUUAUUUUAUUAUACUAUGCAAAACAGACCCCCGGUUUUUUCUUAGACCCUAGAAGAAACUAUGUUGAACCUUCCCCCCUUUUAAAGUAAUUUAAAUUCACCUACACCUUAGGUUCGAAGUAUGGUGUUACAGGCGAAUGAUGAUG